AAUUUUCAAAAUUUAAGAAGUACCACUCAGCAGUUUCUAGCCGUUAAACAUCACAACAUCAUCUUUCUCCUCUCCCUCUCUCACCAAACUUUUCACUUACCAAAAUCCAACAAUUUUUUCCUCCCAAUUUCCUUCAUAAAUCCCAAAUCUUGAAUCUUUUUUCAAAACCCCAUUUAUAAAAUUUGCGAAUCUUGAAUUUGUUUUGGCGAGCCAAGGGUCUUUCGGAAACAACCUCGCUGGUCUGUGUACACUGAGUACGUUGUUGUUGUUGUUGUUAUUGUUGCAAAUCUUGAACUUAUCUUGAGCAAGGAGUCUUCGGAAACACCCUAUCUACCUUAAUUUGGUAUAAAGGUAAGAAAUUGCAGAUUUUGAGUACUUACUGUUGAGAUUAUUUUCAAGAAAAAUGAAGGCUAUGAAAGGAAAGCUUCUCAAGAAAUUAAAGACGAUCAAAACAAUCGGGUAUUUGAAGCCGGAAAGAGUGCUCCAUUCGAAUGCAUCAGAGGGAUAUAUUCAUACUUCGCCACGAAAAUUAAGCUCUUCUCCAUUAACUCCUAUUCAAGUUCAUGAAGACUAUCCGAAAAAGAAUGUUCCGAGCAGCGUAGAAGAUCAAGAAGCUGAGAUUAUCGAUGUUUCUGAGCUAAUGAAGGAUCUUGAAGAUCAAGAAAUGGAAAUGGAAGAUGAGCUCGACGAUAAAGAGAACGUAAGGCCUUUUGUAAAGGUGAAAAAGCUUGAAAUUUUGAGGGAAAAUGUUGAGAAUUUAAGUCCAUUGAAGCCAAAGAUUGUGACUUUUGAUGAAAAUGUGGAGAAUUUUAGCACAUUGAAGCCGAAGAAUGAGAAUUUUAUCACCCCUUUGUUAGACUUUGAUGUGUUGAACUUUAGGCGACCGGAUUUGGAUUCGGGUACCCUUUUUGAUCCAAAUCUUCUUGCUGCAUUUGAGGAAGUAGUCAUGGUUGUUAAAGCUCAUGAAGCAGAGAGAAAGGCGAAGAUCAAAGAAAAGACAUUCAAACCACUGGAAGAAAGAAAAAAAGAUGAUGAUGAUGAAAAGGAACCACCUUUAAAAGCUCGAAAAAUUGAAGAAACUAUAGACCCCUUGUUGGAAUUUGAAGAGAAAUGUCCACCAGGAGGGUGUGAUUCAGUGAUUCUUUACACAACAGGUCUUAGAGGCAUACGAAAGACGUUUGAAGACUGUCAUAGUAUUCGAUUCCUGUUAGAGAAUUUUCGGGUUAUGUUCUUCGAGAGGGAUAUUUCGAUGCAUUCUGAGUUUAAGGAGGAGUUAUGGAGGGUUUUGGAAGAGAAAGUUGUGCCACCAAGGUUGUUUAUCAAAGGAAGGUACAUUGGUGGAGCUGAGGAAGUGUUGACAUUGCAUGAACAAGGGAAGUUUAGGCCACUUCUUGAAGGAAUUCAAAUUGAUAAUUUUCAAUGUCCAUGUGAAGGGUGUGCUGGAAUGAGGUUUAUUAUGUGUUUCAAGUGCAAUGGAAGCCAGAAAAUCGUGCUUGAAGAUGAUGAAGGUGAUUCAAUGAGAUGUCCUGAAUGUAAUGAAAAUGGAUUGAUUGUGUGUCCUUAUUGCUGUUGAAAUGAUUCAAUUGAUUUGUUUUCUUACUUCUUAUAUCCCUCACAUUUGACGGUACAAUAUUCUUUAGCCUUUGUGUUUGAGUACAAAUCCUGCUUCAUUUUAUAUGUUGUGGUAGUAAAGAUUACUGCCAUCUGCAAAAGGGAAUAUACUGUCAAGUUUUCUUGAAUGUUUUGGUUGUUUGGAAUGAAAGAUGAGGGAGUCUAUUCAUUACUUGUA